AUGGCCAUUGGCGACGCUGGUGAAGUCCAAGCCGUCGGCUUGGAUCCUGCUCUGCUUGAUGCCUCUGGCGACCCUCAGCGCAAGCAUCCAGAAAUGCACUCCACAGGAGCACCUCCCUAUCUUCACUCCGAGGGAAAGGCCACCCUUCAAGACAACUACCUGACCGAGGCCGACGACGAACCCACAGCAGAGGAACUCUUGACCCUGCGCCGUGUGCCUGCUCACAUUCCAUGGAGAAUCUUUUCUAUCGCCUUUGUUGAGCUGGUAGAGCGCAUGUCUUACUAUGGAACCAUCGCCGUCUAUUCCAACUUCAUCGCCAAGCCGCUCAAGACCCCAACUGGUGCCGCCCUCGAUCCUUCCAGCGACGAGGCCCAGCCCGGCGCAUUGGGUCUCGGAAAGCAAAUUUCCUUCAGUUUGACCACCUUCAACUCCUUCUGGGUCUACUGUUGCCCGCUUCUGGGAGCCUGGAUCGCCGACACCUACCUCGGUCGUUACAAGACCAUUUUCUACUCUGUCCUCGUUGCUGAAGUCGGCCAUAUCAUUCUCGUUGCCUCCUCUGCACCCUCUGUUCUCGAGAAGCCCAACACGGCCCUCGGUGUCUUCAUUCUCGGUUUGAUCAUCAUGGGUCUCGGAACGGGAACCUUCAAGCCCAACAUCUCACCUUUGAUUGCUGAACAGGUCCCUCAAGAGCGCAUGCGUGUCGAGACUCAAAAGGGCGAGCGCGUCAUUGUCGACCCGGCUGUGACGGUGACGAGAAUCUACAAUUGGUUCUACUUCUUCAUCAACAUUGGCGCCUUGGUUGGCCAGAUUGGUAUGGUCUACGCCGAGCGCUAUGUCGGCUUCUAUCUGGCCUACCUGAUCCCCACAGUCAUGUUCGUCCUCUGUAUCCCUGUCCUCAUCUUCUGCAAGAAAUGGUACAUUCUCCGUCCACCGAGCGGCAACGUCAUGGGUCCUGCUUUCAAGCUGUGGUUCAAAGCCCUUGGUGCGGGCUGGACGAGGAGCCCUGCGCAGACGUGGAAGAACUGGAACGAUGGCACCAUGUGGCAAAAAGUCAAGCCCUCGUAUCUCGGUGCAAACGCACCCUCUUGGUACAAUUUCGACGACGCCUGGGUCGACGAGGUGGCCCGUGGUCUCGGUGCCUGUUCCGUCUUCUUCUGGGUUCCCAUCUUUUGGCUCGCGUACAGGCAGAUGGAUUCCAACCUGACGCAAAUGUGCUCCACCAUGAAACUCAACGGUGUCCCCAACGAUUUGCUGCAAAACCUCGAUCCCAUUUGCAUUAUCAUCAUCGUACCUAUCAUGGACGUCGUAAUCUACCCCUGGCUCCGCAAAAAGGGCAUCCGCUUCACGCCCAUCAAGAAAAUCACCGCCGGCUUCAUCCUCGGUGCCUUCUCCAUGGUCUGGGCCGCCGUGCUCCAACACUACAUCUACAAGACCUCGGGCUAUUACGAAACCGGCGCCGCAGAGUACAAAUCCCCCAUCAACGUCUGGGCCGUCACCGGCGUCUACGUGCUCAUCGCCACGUCUGAAAUCUUUGCCUCGGUCACGACGCUCGAAUACGCCUUCACCAAAGCCCCGAAAAACAUGCGCUCCCUCGUCCAAUCCGUCCAGCUCUUCACCACCGCCUUCUCCGCCGCCCUCGCCCAGGCCUUCACCCCGCUCACCAACGACCCCCACGUCGUGUGGAAUUACGGCGCUGUGGCUAUCAUUUCGUUUGUCACAGGCAUCGCCUUCUUCUUCGCCUACCGCAGAAUGGACAAGCAAGAAGACGAGCUCAAUUUGCUACCAACGGGUCAUUUGGGCACCGCGACACAGGCUGAGGAUGUCGAGCGUCGCGCGAGCGUGGCGUCGCAUAGCCACGGGGCGGCCACUACGCUCAAUGAGAAGAAUUAG